AUGCCCUCAGCUCUGCCCACAUCUGCCCUGCAGACAGACUGCCCAGGUGAGAGCGAUUACCUCAGGGUGGGGCAGAUGUAUGUCUGCACCUGCAGGAGAACCAGCCUGGGGAACCCACCUGGUCAGGUGCAGUGGGUGACCUCUGAUGGACAGGUCAUGGGUGUGAGUGCAGAGGACGGCAGUUGGUCGAAGCUAAAUAUAACCUACAGCCUGAGCAGUAAAAGUGAAGUUCUGUCUUUCACUGUGAACGGACAAAGUGGUCGAGUAUCUACUCACCUGGGUGACGUCACAGAGUUUACCUGUACAGCAUCCGGUAGUCCCCCACCCCAGGUGUCCAUAACACGAACACGUGGUGUGUCCGUGGUGGCGACAGAGGAGAGUACCACCAGCAUCCAUCACGUGAUACCAAGCUUCACGUGCGAUGAUGUAGAUGAGUACAUCUGUCAGGUGCAAAACGGGGACGGGGUCAGACAAGCCAGCAGUGUCGUUGUUGGUUCUAGCUGUCCGUGUAAGCUUCAGCCAAACCAACCAAGUUCUGUCAACCUAACAGUCAGUGUUGGAGGGAACGCCUUACUGACUGUCCACCUCUUCUGCAGUCCCAAACCGGAUGUGUUCACUUUGACCUUCACCUUGGGCGGGUCGCAGUUUGAAAUCAACCGUCAGCGCUACUCAGUCAUGUACCAGGAGGAAACUCCGUUCUACGGCGGUGCCAACUUAGCCAUGUACGACAUGCAGGAUGGAGACUUCCGUCAGUACACUCUGACCGUGGACAACGGGGUGGAGAAUUCAUUGAAGUUUUUUUUCUCUUUGACUAAAAAAAGUAGCAUGGAAGAGGACAAUGGCAGAGUUGUAGGACUAGCAAUCGGCUUGACUCUGACAGCAUUGGCUAUCAUUAUUCUUUCUCUUUUCGUCCUUUGGUUUUAUAAACGAAGAAGAAGAAAUAAUUCCGAAAACCCAGAACCUUCUAGAACUCAAAUUAACUAUAUCAGCAGCCCUAUUAUCGCAGAUGGUGUUAGCAAUGGAGGAUAUCAUGUCUAUGAAGAUGUGGAUGCCAAUAAUGGAUACGUCUCUAUAGAUAACAGCAGUGGGGAGAGCCUGUACAUAAGCCCAAGAUUGUCCAACGUUUAACGAAUAAGAAUUUUAUAAACCGACUCAACAAUAGGCGAUUAUCUAAUGGAUUUUCUUUUUCCCUUCAAGAGCAUUUUAAAAUUCAUAAUUUAUCGAAUAAAUAUGCUUUGUUGUUCUUAGAUAUUGAUUAUAUACACUUUAACUCAAAUCUUA